AUGAAUCCACUCAAAGAGACCGCCGAGGAGAUCAAGCUUGUAGGGAGCUCUUCAUCACGAGACACUAGCACAUCCAUUGUAGACAGAGAAUGCCAUGCCAACCCGAACCCGACUAUGGCAGUCGCCGCAAGUUCUGAAGCCGACGCCGCUAGAGCCGCCACAGAUGCUGAGCAUGGCAUGAAAAUCUGGCAGGCCGUGAAGCUCUAUCGUUGGGCUGUGUUCUACUCUGUCUGCAUCUCUGCCGCGCUCAUUAUGGAGGGAUACGAUACUGCGCUACUGCCCGGCUUCUAUGCGCUCGAAGCGUUCAACAAACGAUUCGGAGAGCCAGUCGGCGAUGGAACGUACCAGCUCCCGCCACUGUGGCAAGCUUUGCUGCAGUGUGGUAUGCAGGCAGGUCAAUCGAUCGGAUUGUUGUUUGCUGGUUUCAUAUGCGAUCGUGUCGGCUAUCGCAAGACACUCGGCCUUGCGCUUGUGUUAAGCAUGUGCAGCAUUUUCAUCUUCGUCUUCUGCCAGAAUAUCAGAAUGCUGCUCGCAGCAGAAAUCGUUGCAGGCAUGCCCUGGGGUGCGUUCGAAGCGCUUGCCGCGACGUAUGCGUCAGACAUAGCCCCCAUCCCUCUUCGGCCUAUAUUGACAACCUGGGUGAAUGCGAACUGGGCACUGGGGCAACUUAUUGCACUGGGAGUCCUCCGAGGAUCUUCGGGUAUAACUGGUGAAUGGUCAUAUCGACUGCCGUGGGCCCUUCAGUGGGUCUGGCCAAUUCCUAUCCUGAUCGUCGUCAAGAUCUGCCCCGAAAGUCCCGUAUGGCUCGUCAAAAACGGCUACCCUGAAGCUGCUAGGAAAUCCCUGGAGAGACUGUCGUCCGGUGACUGGGCAGCCGAAGACAUCGAGCGCAAGUUGAGCAUGCUUGUACGGACGGAUGAGGCGGAAUGUCAGGAAGUGUCAGGACAAUCCUAUUUGGAGCUAUUCCGUGGCACGAACUUGAGACGCACCGAGAUUGCAUGUUUUGUCUGGAUCGGACAAGUGGUCUGCGGUAUAUGGUUCUGCAGUAACGUCGCAUGGUUUCUCCGGGUUGCAGGAGGGUUCUCACCGAACAUGGCUUUCAACCUCGGCAUCGCCACCAACGCGGUCGCUGUAGUGGCGACCAUCGGAUCGUGGAGUCUCACGCGGAAGUACGGACGCCGUACUUUGUACCUCGCCGGAUUGAUAGUCAUGUUUCUCCUCCUGCUUGUCAUCGGCGGUCUCGGGUUUGAGCCUGAGGAAGAGCAGAUUGCCUACACGAGUGCGGCUCUGAUGAUGCUGUUCGUCGUUACCUACGACUUUACCAUCGGCCCAAUAGCAUAUACUCUGGUGUCAGAGAUGUCGUCGACUCGACUACGGAUCAAGACCGUUGUUGUCGCCCGGAUCUCAUACAAUCUCAGCAAUAUCGCUGCCAGCUUUGCCAACCCCCAGAUGCUCAAUCCCUUGGCAUGGGACCUUGGUGGGAAGACCGGCCUCGUUUGGGCUGUCACGUGCCUGAUGUGGAUAUUCUGGACCUACUUUCGCCUCCCCGAGCCCAAAGGUCUCUCGCCUGCGGAGUUGGACAGGCGCUUCGAACUGAAGCUCUCUGCCAGACAGUUCAGGUCUGGGGAAGUUGAUGCAUUUCAGGCUGAUCAAAUCACCCCGGAUGAGGAAAGUCCGGUCAGGCCGAUGGCUGAGGUAGUGUGA